AUGGCGAUGCUGCACGAGUCGAAUUACAACGCCACCGCCCCAGAAUCGCUGGAGGAAAUCUGGAUGGCCUGGGGCACCGUGAAAAAGCAUCUGAUGAAGGCGGGUCCGAUGUGCAAUUUGAUCAGGGAGCAUGAGAACAAGCUGAAAGACGGCGACUUACGACAACUGAUGGGUCUAGGUUUCCACUCCUACAUGGAAGAGGGCGAAACAAAACGAUUGGAGCCGAUAGAAGAGCAGCCAGCGGAGAGCAUUUGUCGACAGCUGUGGACGGUGGUUGAAGGGAAGAAGACCCGCUCACUGGCCGCUUUCAACGUGUUAGAUGCGAAAUGGGACGAGCGGCGCCUGAACGAAGGGCUGCGGGGCUGUCUGCUGGUGCACCCGAAUCACAUGCGGGACUGCGCGAAAAUGGUGGCCGAAGCCAAGCUGAAAUUGGGCGAUCGCCCCGCGUUUGUGCUGAAGACGGAUAUCUCAAAGUGCUACGACAACAUCAUCAUAGAGGAGCUCUUCCGCAUUGUCGAACGAACCAUAAACGACGCCUUCAAAAGAUCCGGCUGUCCGCAAAUGUUCGUCUACGACGUAGAGUGGCGCCGUCGGCAUUACUGUGGCUCUGGAUUCUCACCGAAAACUGCCCUGCGAUCAUUGUAUGGAAAAUUGCCAGAGGAUGGACGGAAGGGGGUGAAGCAGACAACCAAGAUUCAGCUGAAGAAAUUUGACGCGUCAUCCCUACUCUCCGGCAUCAAACAAUCGUUUGCAAUUCCGUUGAAGCACAGCGCGCGAUAUUACAAACAAAUCCGCGGCAUCCCUCAAGGUUCGGCCAUGUCGUGCACGCUGUGCUAUCUCUACAUUACCGAACUCCUUGAAAAGUCUAUUCCCGGUGGUCUGACGAGUCCGGGGCUAACGGUACUGUACUACGUUGACGAUCUGCUGAUUAUUGAUCAAGAACUGGGACGAGUGAAACAGGCGGCCCGUAAUCUUCUCGGCGGCACGAUGGGAUUGAAGGCGUCGGCCGCGAAGACAUUUGUCAAUUUCAAAAUCAAUGGGCUUGGCAAUAAGAUCCGUCUCUCUCAUCGUUUCCAAUGGACUUCAUGGGAAUUGGAUAGUCGCACGCUGUCGGUAAAGCCUUUCAACAAGAUCGGCACGUCUCGGCUGCGAAUCCUCGGCAAGCAUUCGCCAUUCGGGAAUGUCCGGAGGAUGGCCCGCCUGAUGCUCAGAAGCGGUCGCCUUCAUUUGCUACCGCGUGUAACGACAGAAUUACGGAAGAACACUGCACUUCACAGCUACGUGGAUUCGGCAUGUUCGGUGCUGAGCCCGGCCCUAUAUAGGCGCUAUUUUCUGAAACUCAUCCGGGGCAAGCCGCCGAUCCCGAGUUGGAAGGCGAAGAAGCUGGCGCUGGCUGAAAAGAAGCUGGCUGCU